AUGGUGGUGGUAACUGCCAUACAUUUGCCCCAUGACAGGGCAGAGAUGAAAAUCAACCAGGAAUUGCGCUCCCAGCUGGCAGAGAGCCAACAGCAGUUCGAAGACCUCAAGGAGAAAUUUCUUAUGAGUCAAGCUACUGCCUACUCUCUGGCUAAACAACUGAAGAAAUACAAGCGUGAAGAGGACAAAGACAUCAUAGACUCUGUGCUGAGGAAUGAAGUGCAGUUCAUAGAGGAGAAGCUGGCAGAGAAGCUCAGGCAAGCUGAGGAGCUCAGGCAAUAUAAAGCCCUGCUUCACUCUCAGGCAAAAGAGCUGACCCAGUUACGGGAGAAGUUACAGGAAGGGAGAGAUGCCCCCCACUCACUGAAUCAACAUUUCAAGGCCCUUCUCACUCCUGAUGACCCUAACAAGUCCCAGGGUCAGGACCUCCGAGAGCAGCUGGCUGAGGGGCACAGGCUGGCAGAGCAUCUUGUCAACAAGCUCAGCCCAGAAAAUGAUGAAGAUGAGGAUGAAGAUGUUACAGAUGAGGAGACUGAGAACAUACAGGAAUCACCUGCUCCCAGGGAGGUGCAGAAGGCUGAGGAAAAGGAAGUCCCUCAGGAUUCACUGGAGGAAUGUGCUGCCACUUGCUCAAAUAGCUACGGCGCUUCUGACUCCAACCAGCCUCACAGGAGUGCCAAAGUCACAUUUGAGGGAGACAAAGUCGACUCUGCUCUGGUUGUAGACAGUGAAUGCACUCAGGAUGAAGGGGAGGAAGCUCUAAACAUUCUCCCAGGAAACCAAAAUGAUCAUGAGGAAGAGGAAGGAAAAGCGCAAGUGCCCCCCAGGAAUGGACAAUCAGUUGAGCCAGGUGAACUGACCAAACUCAGGGAUUUCCUGACCUCACCUGAUGUCUGCCUCUUUGGCAUUAUCACCAUGUUUACAAAUUCAAGAACCUGUAUUCAUUUGGCCUCUGAUGCUAAUGUCAACAAACUGUAUGCAGAAGUGCUGAAUGCACUGUGUCCUGGCAGUUUCCCACAGGGAUCCUCCAUCUCCUUCCUCCCCAGCUCAUUGUCUGCCCAGUGCACUGAGCACCUGCCGCUCUGUCUCCUGCUAGAGACAGGGAAGGAUGGUUAUGUCUUUCUGAGGGGACUGCUGAGCCGGGAGCUGCCAGAGGUAAAGGAACAGGAAGUCCCAGAGGACUCCUUGGAUGAAAUUUACUUGACUCCUUCAGUUCACCAUGACCUGUCUGACUGCCACCAGCCUUAUAGCAGCACCUUGUCCUCGUUGGAUGAUCAGCUCAUAUACUCUGCUCUGGAUGUAGCCUCUCCCACCCAGGAGGCCUGUGCCCAAGGGACUUGCAGUGGAGACUGGAGCUACCACUUGGCAGAGGUUCAGGCUUCACAGACACAGCUGGAGCCAAGCACCCUGAUGACUAAUUGUCUGCAACUACAGCUGGAUCAAGGGUUCGACUGCGGGAAUGGCUUAGCCAGGCUGGGCCUUUCCUCCACCACCUGCAGCUUCACAGCCAAUGCUGAUUCUGGGACCCAAUGUCCCUUUCAAGAGCUGGUUUUAGAGCCCUCUGCUGGGAUGAAGAACCCUCCACAGCUGGAAGAUGAUGCACUUGAAGGCUCAGCGGACAACACACAAGGACGUCAAGUCAUUGGCCAUAUUAACCACUCAAGUGUCCUGAAACCAAAGAGUAUUAAAAGAAAACUCCUGUUCAGCAAGUGGAUUCCCUGGCUUUCAUGCUUAGGGUGCAGAGGUACCAAAUACUGCUGGAAAGAUGCAAAGAAUGAAAGGAUGUCACAUAAAAAAAGUAGCUUUUCCACUUGA